CAUAUAAAAAGCUGCAGUCUAAAUAAUCAUUAUUAUGAGUAGACAGUCCGUGCAGUUAAUUAUUAUGUUAAAUGCAGCACGUGCUUGUUGCCACGUGUGAUGAAAGAAAUGCAACCAACGGUCAUUCAAUACCAACGCAUGCGCAGUUAUGCAAUUUAUUUUGUCCACGAUCCCGCGCAAUUCCCAACAUCGCCCGGUUACUACGGGAACCAGCAGUGGCCAAACAAACACACGGAUAAAUAUUUUCGCUAUCCUGGAUGUGUCGUACGGUGUACUGAACCAUUGAUUCCACGAUGGAAGACGACAUUUACGGUGGAUUUUCCGGUGUUACUAAUAAACUAUUCAAUUACGAUAUUAAAGAGGACAAGGCGUUCCAAAAUGCAGUGAAAACCUCGAGCUAUGGCAAGAAAACGUCGACACCAAAGUUCUACUGGAAUGGGGACAAACUGGGAUCCGCCGAAGCGUCCGCUACAAUGGCCCGUCCUUCGACGGCCAUUCGUCCGGUGGGAUAUUCGUCGCAGAGCAGCAAACUAUUUGAUCCGCUGAAUCAAGCAGCUAAGAAGAUCGUUGUGAUGGAGAGCAAGAAAGAGGAGACUCCCGAGCAGCGCUACAAAAACAUGGAAACCAAAAUCUACGCCCUGUUGGAAGAGUCCAUUAUUGCUAGUACCGGUGCCAAGCCGGACAUGUCUGCCGGUUUGGCCAAAGCGAAGGAAGCUUCCGCCAUGGAUCGCACGUUGCUACGUAUGCGGGAUCAAGAUGGUGGAACGUACACCCAUAAUUUCGAUUUGACGUUCUUUGUGCUUUUCAAUCUAGCGAAUGUGUACGCAAAGAACGAGAUGUACAUCGAAGCCCUAAAUACGUACACUUUGAUGACUAAGAAUAAAAUGUUUCCCAACGUCAACCGGCUGAAGAUCAAUAUGGGGAAUAUUUAUUUUCAGCUGGGGCUUUACACAAAGGCAAUCAAAAUGUAUCGGAUGGCGUUGGAUCAGGUUCCGAGCAACCAAAAAGAACUUCGAUUGAAGAUCACUCACAACAUUGGUAUACUGUUCAUCAAAAUGGGUCAAUAUUCGGAUGCCGCAACAAGUUUUGAGUUCAUCAUGUCGGAGAAAAGUGAUCUGAAGACAGGGUUACACUUAAUUUUGUGUUACUAUGCCCUCGGUGACGUAGAUAAGAUCAAGCACGCCUUCCAGUUACUGCUGGACAUUCAAAUCGACUACUUGGAAGACGAUAAAAUUUUCCAGACAAACUCUAAUCCAUCGUACGAGUAUAUCAACGAAAUGAUCAAAUCCGAUGAGCUGCACGUCUACGAGCAAAAGAUACGACACCUUGCCGAAAAGAAUAUUCUCAUCUCGGCAAACCUGAUUUCAACGAUCAUUGACGAUUAUUUUAACGAUGGGUACAGUUGGUGUGUGGAAACUAUAAAGAACUCAUAUUUUUCAUCGUUGGCCGUAGAUCUUGAGUUAAAGAAGGCCGUUAUCUACCUAAAACAAGACGAUAUCCAGCAGGCGAUUGAAACUUUGAAGUACUUCGAGAAGAAGGAGUCCAACAUUGCCAUAAACGCUGCGAUCAAUCUUAGUUUUAUCCACAUUUUGAAAAAGGACAUCACAACAGCAGAGAACUACGCUGAGACGGCCAAAAAAAUCGACAGUUACUGCCCGGCGGCUUUCAUCAACAGCGGAGUCUGUAACAUGCUCAAAAAUGACCUGGAAACGGCAAAGCUAAUGUUUUUCAAUGCCUUAGACAUUGACUCUACUUCGUUCGAGGCACUUUACAACAUUGGACUAAUCUUUAAGAAACUCGGCGAUCACAACAACUCGCUGCUCUACUUCCGUAAGAUCAUAUCCAACCUUGGCCAUGAACAACAUCCGGAGGUCCUGUACCAGAUUGCCAACCUUUACGAUCUGUUGGGAGACGUCGGAACUGCUUUGGAGUACCAUCUGCAGCUGUUAAGUUUGGUUCAGCAAGACAACAAGAUCAUACAGAAGAUCGGGGAAUUGUACGAAACGGACGGGGAACGCCAGCAAGCCUACCAUUACCAUCACGAAUCCUACCGCAUUUUCCCAAUUGAGUCCAGCGUAAUCAACUGGCUGUGCUCGCACUACAUCGAACUACAAGUGGUCGAGAAGGCAAUCGGCUUCUACGAGAAGGCCGUUCUGAAGAACCCCCAAGAUCCGUACUAUUUGCUACGGAUCGCCGGAUGCUAUCGCCGCAUCGGCAACCAACAAAAGUCGCUUAAUCUGUUCAAGACUAUUCAUGAUAUCUACCCGGAGAACGUAGACUGCUUGCGAGCGUUGAUCCAUCUGACCCAGACACAGGGCAACAACGAACUGUGCGAACGUUACAUGAGCGAACUUCAAAAGCUGGAAAAGCAAAAGGAAGUUCGUCAACGAAUCAACACAAGUAGACCGCCGACUACGGCGAGCAGUUCUCGCAUUUCCAGUGGCGAGCUGAGUGCUCGAUCGGGAGGAGGUCCGGACAGUUAUCAACCACCCGGAACAGCGUCCGGAGGUACGAAAAGCUCCGACGUAUCACCAGACUACAACACAUUAACAACCGCAUACGGUUAUGCGGAUCCGUUAGGACCACCGCAGGAACGACCACGUACCGGAAUUCGGAAAAAUCUCACACUUGACGACGAUUCCGACGAGGAUAUAAAUCCUUACGAUUUAUUGCCAGUUUAAGGAUUGGAAAGAAUAUUUGAAUACUUUGACGGUUUAAUAAACUGAUAAU